UUGGGGAGCGCUGUGCGGAGUACUGAGCCUAAACCUCUGAGUGCUUCUCCGCGUUGCCGGGUAUCCAGCACCCGCUUGGCGAGGCAAGGCGAGGUGUCGAGCCGGCAGGGAGUCCUCAGCCCCAAUGCGCCCUCCCCGCGAGGCUGCCGGCAGUCGCCUCUGAGAAGUCGGGGGGCGGCGCCCGGGGCACUCCCCCCACCGCCGUUGCCAGGGGCUCGGGAACUGGUUUGUUUCGUCAGGCGGUGCGGACCCGUGUCCUGGGGCGUUGGCCGUGGCGGCGCGGGUUGCGGUCGCAUGCCCUUUCCGGACCGCUAGGGGGAUGCCUCUGCCUGUCUGAGCCCCCCAGGAAGGCGGCGACCCCGGACGGUGUCUGCCCCGCGGCCUGGGUCCUGAGAUAUAGCAUAUCUAUUAAGAUGCCUUAGAAAAAUAACCAUGGAGAAGUAUGUUAGAGUACAGAAGAUUGGAGAAGGUUCAUUUGGAAAAGCCAUUCUCGUUAAAUCUACAGAAGACGGCAGACAGUAUGUUAUCAAAGAAAUUAACAUCUCAAGGAUGUCCAAUAAAGAAAGGGAAGAAUCAAGGAGAGAAGUUGCAGUGCUGGCAAACAUGAAGCAUCCAAACAUUGUCCAGUACAGAGAAUCGUUUGAAGAAAAUGGCUCUCUCUACAUAGUGAUGGAUUACUGUGAAGGAGGGGAUCUGUUUAAACGAAUCAAUGCUCAGAAAGGCAUUUUGUUUCAAGAGGACCAGAUUUUGGACUGGUUUGUACAGAUAUGUUUGGCCCUGAAACAUGUACAUGAUAGAAAAAUUCUUCAUCGAGACAUAAAAUCACAGAACAUAUUUUUAACCAAAGAUGGGACAAUACAACUUGGAGAUUUUGGAAUCGCUAGAGUUCUUAAUAGUACUGUAGAGCUGGCUCGAACUUGCAUAGGGACUCCAUACUACUUAUCACCUGAAAUCUGUGAAAACAAACCUUAUAAUAAUAAAAGUGACAUCUGGGCUCUGGGAUGUGUCCUUUAUGAGAUGUGCACACUUAAACAUGCAUUUGAAGCUGGCAAUAUGAAAAACCUGGUACUGAAGAUAAUAUCUGGAUCUUUUCCACCCGUGUCUUUGCAUUAUUCUUAUGAUCUCCGCAGUUUGCUCUCUCAAUUAUUUAAAAGAAAUCCUAGGGAUAGACCAUCAGUCAACUCCAUAUUGGAGAAAGGUUUUAUAGCCAAACGCAUUGAAAAGUUUCUCUCCCCUCAGCUUAUUGCAGAAGAAUUUUGUCUAAAAACACUUUCCAAGUUUGGAGCACAGCCUGUACCAGCUAAAAGACCAGCUUCAGGACAAAGCUUGGCUUCUGUUGUGUCUGCUCAGAAAAUUACAAAGCCUGCUGCUAAAUAUGGAGUACCUUUAACGUAUAAGAAAUAUGGAGAUAAAAAAUUACAUGAGAAGAAACCACUCCAAAAACAUAAACAGGCCCAUCAAAGUCCAGUGAAGAAAGUGAAUCCUAGAGAAGAAAGGAGGAAACUGUUUGAGGAACCAGCAAGAAAGGGAAGGUUGGAAUUGAAUGAAAAAGAAAAGAAACAAAAGGAUCAGGUUAGUUUAAUGAAGGCUGAACAGAUGAAAAGGCAAGAAAAGGAAAGGUUGGAGAAGAUAAAUAGGGCCAGGGAACAAGGAUGGAGAAACGUGCUAAGUGCUGGAGGGAGCGGUGAGAUGAAGGCUCCCUUUUGUGGCAGUGGAGGGGCUGUGGCUCCAUCGUCUUUUUCUUCUCGAGGACAGUAUGAACAUUAUCAUGCUAUUUUUGAUCAAAUGCAGCAACGAAGAGCAGAAGAGAGUGAGGCUAAAUGGAAAGGAGAAAUACAUGGCCGAAGGCUUCCAGAAAGGCACAAGGGACAGCUGGCUGUGGAAAGAGCAAAACAAGUAGAAGAGUUUCUGCAGCGGCGACGGGAAGCGAGGCAGAACAAGGCUCGGGCCGAGGGACAUAUGGGCAUCCUGCACAACCUGGCAGCUCUGUAUGGAGGCAGGCCCAGCUCUUCACGAGGAGGGAAGCCGAGAAACAAAGAGGAAGAGGUUUAUCUGGCAAGGCUGAGACAAAUAAGACUGCAGAAUUUCAAUGAGCGCCAACAGAUUAGAGCCAAGCUUCGUGGUGAAAAGGCAGAAACUGACAGCUCCGAAGGACAGGAAGGAAGUGAGGAUGCUGAUGUGAGGCGUAAAAAAGUGGAAGUGCUGAAGGCCCAGGCGAGUGCCCGAGCGGCCGUGCUGAAGGAGCAGUUAGAGCGCAAGAGGAAGGAGGCGUACGAGAGAGAGAAGAAGGUGUGGGAGGAGCAUUUGGUGGCCAAAGGAGUAAAGAAUUCUGAUAUGUCUCCACCUUCAGUGCAGCAGGAAGCAGGUGGCUCUCCAUCAAAGCAACAGAUAAGACCUGUUAUUUCUGUGACUUCAGCUUUGAAAGAAAUGGGUAUGGACAGCAGUUUAACUGAUGCCCAGGAAACCUCAGAAGAGAUGCAGAAGACUAACAAUGCUAUUUCAAGUAAGCGCGAAAUACUACGUAGAUUAAAUCAGAAUCUUAAAGCUCAAGAAGAUGAAAAGGGACAGCAGAGUCCUUCUGAAACGAGUGUGAUAAUUGUUCACGAAGACACCAAAGAGCAGGAGAAAGAAAAAUCAGUUUCGUCAGAUCGCAAGAAAUGGGAGGCCGGAGGCCACCUGGUGAUUCCUGUGGAUGAAUUAGCACUGGACUCGUCCUUCUCUGAGACUGAAAAACACACAGUGGGAGAGGUUAUUAAAUUAGAUCCUGGUGGAUCUCCAAGAAAAGUUUGGGGAAAAAGUCCUACAGAUUCUGUUCUAAAGAUACUUGGAGAAGCUGAACUACAACUUCAGACAGAACUGUUGGAAAGCACAACUAUUAGAAGUGAGAUUUCUCCUGAAAGGGAGAAGUGUAAACCCUUAAUUACUGAAGAAGAAAAAAUAAAAUGUGUUUCAUAUGAAAUGAACCCAUCAGCUACUGUUGAUUCUUCUGUUGAGACAAACGGUCCAAACUUUAGUGAGGCAUCUCCACAGACAGCACUGAAACCAGGAGGAAAUUUGGAUGAGCCUGAUGACUUGGAGGCAGAAGUGCUGCAGGAGCCCAGUGGGGCAGACAGAGAUGGAGGCUUGCCAUGCCCUGUACUCGACAUGUGGGUUAGGGAGAUAAAAGGAACAAAGGAGGCUGACAGGUUGGAAGAUAGGAUCACCAUACAGCAAAAUGAAAUUUCUGAAGAUGGAGCCUCGAGGAGCGUGGAUCACCUUAGUGAAGUUCAUGUAGAACCUGGAGGGGAUGGUUCUCCACACUCUGAGUGCGAUGUAGAUCAAUCUAUGCAACCUGAACCGUUUUUCCAUAAAGUAGUUCAUUCCGAACACUUGAAAGUCUCUCAAGUUCAGUCAGUUCUCAGUCCAUCAGAAGAAUCCUUUCCACUUCGAUCUCACUCUGAUUCACCACCAAGAAAUAAAAAACAGAAUUCCUUGCUGAUUGGACUUUCAACUGGUCUGUUUGAUGCAAACAACCCAAAGAUGCUGAGGACGUGUUCACUUCCAGACCUCUCAAAGCUGUUCAGAACGCUCAUGGAUGUCCCCAUUGUUGGAGACGGACGUCAGGACAAUCUUGAAAUGGAUGAAAUGGAGGAUGAGCAUGUUAAAGAAGGACCUUCUGACUCUGAAGACAUUGUGUUUGAAGAGGCUGACGCAGACUUACAAGAGCUUCAGGCCUCCAUGGAGCAGCUGCUGCGGGAGCAGCCUGGGGAGGACGACAGUGAGGAGGAGGAGUUGGGCCUGAAGACCAGCGACGCUGAGCAGGCCGCCAAUGGGACAGGGACGGACGGGGGCGACGAGGACGACAACCCCAGCAGCGAGAGCGCCCUCAACGAGGAGUGGCACUCGGAUAACAGUGAUGGUGAGAUAACUAGUGAAUGUGAAUAUGAUAGUGUCUUUAAUCAUUUAGAGGAACUGAGGCUUCACCUGGAGCAGGAAAUAGGCUUUGAAAAGUUCUUUGAGGUUUAUGAGAAAAUAAAGGCUGUUCAUGAAGAUGAAGAUGAAAAUAUUGAGAUUUGUUCAACAAUAGUGCAGAAUGUUUUGGGAAAGGAACAUCAGCAUCUCUAUGCCAAGAUUCUUCAUCUAGUCAUGGCAGAUGGAGCCUAUCAAGAAGAUAAUGAUGAAUAAUCCUCAGAACAUUCUUUAAUCUGCAACUGAAUGAAAGCAUUUAAAUGUUGGCUCAUCAGAAUAACACACUUCAGUGGGAAAUGUAGCAACUUUUUAUAAAUGAAAUAUUGGAUUUAAGAUGGGCAUGCUGAUUGCAUGAAAAUGAUGGAGAAACAUGCCAUUUUCCAAUUAAGAUUCUAGUUUUUUAUCUAUUUUAUUUUGUUUGUUGAGUUCUAUAGUUACCUCCUAUAGAAUAUAUACUUUAUUAAAUCAUCCAACAAAAGUGUAAGACACAGUGAUCCAGACUGGACUUAAUGGCUUUGAGGAAGAUGUACCAUGCAGCAAGGUAACUUUUACUUUCAGCAACUGUCUUUAAGUUGAAAGAAUUACUUCUGUUUCAAAAGACCUGCCUAUGGCUUUUCAUUUAUGCAUUUAAGCAUGACCCUUUUUUUCUGUCUACUUGUUUUCAUGGCCAGCAUUUCUGGAUUAAAUAACUUUGUCAAGGGCUCUAUUUAAAUCUUUACAUUUCAAAGGUGGAAUUUUUUGGCUUAAAGUUUAUGUUAUUAGUCCUUUUUCAACUAGUGUGUCUCCUGAACUAGCUGAAUGGAAACAGGCUAUAGAAAAAGUCUUAGAAAUCAUUGAAAAAUUUGAUUAUGAAAGAAUAGCAAAAUUAUAUUUCCUGAUAUUUAAAAAGUUGGUUAAUUACUUUUGUUUCUCUUUGAGGACCAGAAUGAGGAAAAAUGUAUUUAAAAAUUAGUCUGUGAAUUUUAACAUUGACCUAGCAUAUAGCAUAAAGUUGCCGUUUUGGUUUUCAACUUCCUCCCCUGCAUAUGCUUUUUAAUUGAGAUUCAAAAGGAGAAAGGAAUCAUUUUUAUUUUGAUACUCUGACAGUUUUAGGAACUAGAAUUCCAAAGGGGGAAAAUGUUUGCCUUUUCAGUUCCAUUAUGGAAGGAUUUAGUUCCAUCAUUAAGACAGUGGUCACACAACUUCAAUUGCAAAUGUCAGGUAUUACAUCACUAGAGAUGUCUGAAGUCCAGAUGCUUUUAGUAAUAAAAACAGAAUUUUGGAAACUCUGAGAACAAAGAAGCCUCAGUGGCAUAAUCUAUAAUUCAAACAGUAAAAUCUCACCUUGCAGCACUAUCGCAGUAUCAGUACUAUGCUGAAUUUAUUAUGUGUAUUAUUUCUAACAUCCAAAAUUAAAUACUUGUUUUUUAUAUGUUUGUUUAUUUUAUGAUAUUACUAUUAAAUUUUUAUUAUC